GGAAGUGUUCCCGGAGAACAGAGGCAGGCAGGGCUGUGUGCUAAAAAGCUAUGGUUUAGCUCUGCUUUAAAAUUGUAUGUAGCAUUAUACUCAGGUGGCGGGGCUUAACUUUUUGGCGGGGCUUAUCUGGAAAAGAUCCAAAUUUUGAAUAUGGGGGCUAACCCGGGUGAGGUGAAAAACAUGCCCAAUGAUGAAACUUCUAAGCGAUGUAAAUUUAAUAUGAACUAUAAUUUUAACAGCUAAAAAAUAAUCAACGUAUUAUUAUUUAUGAUAAUAUAUGCUAUAGGUGCCAACAGUUUUUCCCCCACAAAAAGAUGCAACUUUACGUUUGUAACAAUUACGCAAACAACUCAGUACAUACUACGAUACUCGUUUCACGUUUAGAAAAUAUUUGUUUCCAUUAACAGUUCUCCUACAACACCAUAAAUUUAAAAAUGACUAUGUAAUGCCUUAUUAAAACUUUAGAACCCAGCAGAGUGAACAUCUGCAUCACAAUAUCUUUCCUAACAGUACGGUUACGGUAGUCCAUAUUUAUUGCAAAAAUCCACUAUUAUAGCCUUACUAUAUAAGGUCCUAGCAGCUACAAAAAUACUCCCAUCUCCCUAAUUAUAAUAAUCAAUGCAAAUCACAACUACAUAGUUCAGAAUUGAAUUACAUUACGGAAUAGCUCUUUGUUUACCUGUAUAUAUUGUAAAAACUAGAAAGGUCAGUUUUCGGCAGCUGUAUGAGAAUUGCUUUACCCACCAACCAGGACCUACAAAUACAACAACAAGCUGUUUUCAAGAUGGCGGCGCCCAUGGAGGCCGCACCUGUCAACAAAGAAGACACAGAUGAAGACCAGCAGCAGGCUGAAUCUGAUGAACUUGAUGAUACUCCAGGACCAUCAGAGCCCAAACUGAGGGAUACACCCGAGGAUAUCUGUUUUGAGGCUGCUGCAAACACCAUUGCUUUCCAUCCCAGUAAAGAUAUUAUUGCUGUGGGGGAUAUAGAUGGCGACGUGUUUGUGUAUUCUUACUCUUGUAUGGAGGGAGAAAACAAAGAGCUUUGGUCCUCAGGUCACCAUCUAAAAUCUUGCAGAGACUCGGCUUUUUCCAUUGAUGGUCAACAGCUAUUCACUGUAUCCAAAGACAAAUCCGUUCACAUCCUCAAUGUGGAAGAAGGUAAACUGGUGAAGCGCAUCUCCAAAGCUCACGAUUCUGCGAUAAACAGCUUAUUGCUGAUAGAUGAGAACAUCUUUGCCACUGGAGAUGAUAGUGGCAUGCUGAAGGUUUGGGAUCUUCGGAGAGAUGUGGCUUUUAUGGAGAUGAAGAACCAUGAGGAAUACAUCAGUGAUAUGGCUAUUGAUCAGAACAAGAAGAUGCUCCUAACGACCAGUGGUGACGGCACAAUGGGGGUUUUCAAUAUAAAGAGACGGAGGUUUGAGCUGCUUUCAGAAUUUCAAAAUGGAGAUUUGACUUCUGUAGCUAUAAUGAAGCGAGGAAAAAAAGUAGUAUGUGGCUCUAGUGAAGGGUCUGUCUACCUGUUUAACUGGAAUGGCUUUGGUGCAACGAGUGAUCGAUUUGCAGUAAAAGCGGAGUCUAUUGAUUGCAUGAUUCCCAUUACUGACAAUAUUGUAUGCACAGGAUCCACAGAUGGCAUCAUCAGGGCUAUUAACAUCUUACCCAAUCGAGUGGUAGGAAGCGUGGGGCAGCAUCCAGGAGAGCCUAUAGAGCAGUUGGCAAAGUCCCGAGAUGGCCGACUCUUGGCCAGCUGUGCACAUGAUCAGAAGGUGAAAUUUUGGGACACAUCCUCUCUCAGCUCCAUCAUAGUGGAUGAGUACAAGAAAAGGAAAAAGAACAAGCAGCUACCUGCUUUAAGCCGUAAAGCUUUUGGCUGUGGAGAAGACUUUUUUGCAGAUUUAAGAGAAGAAACAUCUGAAAAGAUAGAAAAGGGAGCCGAACAGGAAGGUGAAGAUGAAGACAGUGACGACAGUGAUAGUGACUGAACCGACAUAUAUUUUAUCAAAGAAUAAUUAUAACAACUCGGCAUACCAUAUGUAAGGGCACACAUUUUGCAAACUAGGGGUUCUCAUUGUAAAUGUAAUGUAAAAAAUGCCAUCUCUUGAAAAAUGAAUUGCAUUUUUGACUGGAGAAACAAUAUCUAAUAAUUUUAAUGAUUCAUAGAAUAUAUACAACAGUAUAGCCAUUAUUAAAAGGCCAGUAAAUUCCUAACAUUUAGAUGCUGUAUAUGACAAAAAAUAAUACAUAUAUAAAAAAAUGGUUUACUGAAUAAAAGAGUUUAAAGUUAUAUGAAACCCCCAAGAAAUAUUUUGUGAUUCAUUAACUACAUACCAUUUUUAAAAAGUUUCAAAUUAAUAAUCAAAUUUGCUUUGUUGAACUGAUGUUCUAUGUUGAAGAGAUACCUAGGUAGGCAUCAGGGGCACUAUAUGGCAGGAAAUAGUGCUGCCUGCCAUAUAGUGCUCCUGCAAAUGGAUAACAUUCUUGCAAAACUGCUGCCAUAUAAAGCUCCAGAAAUUGUCCGGUUCCUACGCGUACAUCCCUGCUUUUCAACAAACGAUGCAAAUAGAACAAAGAAAAAUUGAUAAUAGAAGUAAAUUAGAAAGUGGUUUAAAACCACAUGCUCUAUCAUGAAAGAAAACAUUUUGGGUUUCAUAUCCCUUUAACCUGAAUUAUUGUUGUUCCCAAGAAAAUCACUGCAGUUGCACAAUCCCACCAAUCACAAGCUGUGUUCAGAUUGGGAGCUCCAAUGCUUGGGAAUGGGACUUUUUCUUUUAUUAUUAUCAGUUAUUUGUAGAGCGCCAACAGAUUCCACAGCGCUAUAUAUUUAACCCCUUUCCAGGACUGUUCACAGACUGAUCUGGACACACACAUAAUUCUAUUGAUUGACAGGCAUUGGUAUACAAACAAAAAGUUGUGCAGUCCCAUCAAUUGUCAAAAAGAUAAAGAACAUUUUAAUUUUACUUUAACCGUUUAUGUAACUGUUGUUUCAUGUCCUCAUUACAAUGCUUUGGAAGCUGAAGCAAUACCUUUGCUAAUCCUGUUUAGUGUAUUUUGUAAAUGAAAAUGUGUUCAAUGUUUAUUGUUGUGUUAAGAAACAUGCAGAUGAAAUCUUUUAAAAAUCAAAUAUGUAUUUUGGAUAUGCUUCAUAAAAGUUUUGUUUGUUUUUUAAAUAAAAGUUUUUGCCCUUAAA